UUCACUCCCAUUGCCGAUGCUGCUACUGGUGCUAGGGCUGAUCGAUUUCUUGUUGCAAAAUUGCAAUCGAUCCCGACGUCUCUCUCCCACAACUGCCGAUCAAUCACCCGCCUGAAGUCCGUCGAACUCGCCGCCGUAGAGCGCAGCUGAUAACCCAGAAGGAGAAGAACUGAAGGCAAACUGUAGAGCAAAGCGGCAUCUUCUUCUUGGAUAUUUUUUUUACCAUGUGACGGACCAAGAAAAUUUCUUCAGCGGGGGCAAAAUAUACACAAGUAUAUGUGCACAGGAAAAGAACAUGUGCAGGUUUCCACAUGCGGAAAAGAUGGGGUGGAUGUUGGGGUGGAUUAUCUUGCUUUGGCACACCGAAAGGGGGGAAGCGUAUUGUACCUCAAUCUCGCAUUCCAGAGAGCAAUGCAUCAGUGCCCCAGCCAAAUGGACCUCAAGCUGUCGGGAUGACCAACCAGGCUACAACUCCUUCUCUUUUAGCUCCACCUUCUUCACCAGCAUCCUUCUCAAAUUCUGCCCUACCUUCAACAGCUCAGUCACCCAGUUGUUUCUUGUCAUUGUCUGCCAAUUCACCUGGAGGUCCUUCAUCCACCAUGUUUGCAACUGGACCAUACGCCCAUGAGACACAACUGGUUUCACCUCCUGUUUUCUCAACCUUCACAACAGAGCCGUCUACUGCUCCUCUUACUCCCCCACCAGAGUUAGCUCACUUAACUACUCCCUCUUCCCCAGAUGUGCCUUAUGCUCAGUUUCUUUCAUCUUCCAAGGAUCUGAAAAGCACUGAGAAGACCAAUUACGUUGUUUCUAGUGAUCUUCAAGUAACAUAUCCACUUUAUCCUGGAAGUCCUGCCAGUAGUCUCAUAUCACCUGUGUCAAGGACUUCAGGGGACUGUUUGUCCUCUUCUUUUCCUGAAAGGGGAUUCCCUCCACAUUGGGACUGUUCAGCUUCUCCCCAAGAUGCCAAAUACACAAGGACUGGAUCAGGCAGGUUAUUUGGGCUCGAUGCAGCUGGUGCCUCCCAAGAUACAAAUUUUUUCUGCCCUGCUACAUAUGCACAAUUUUAUUUGGACCACCCGCCAUUUCCACAUUCUGGUGGGAGGCUCAGUGUUUCCAGAGAAUCAGAUGUUUACUCUGGUGGCGGGAAUGGGCAUCAAAACAGGCACAAUAAAAAUCCCAAGCAGGAAGUGGAAGAAAUAGAAGCUUACAGAGCAUCCUUUGGGUUCAGUGCAGAUGAAAUAAUCACCACCCCUCAUUAUGUGGAGAUUUCUGAUAUUAUGGAGGAUUCCUUUACCAUGACUCCUUUUACCUCCACAAAACUACACAUGGAAGAAAUUAUGGAACCUAUGUUAGCCAAUGAAGGACAAAAAACACGGGAAAUGCCGACAGAUUUGCUGCAUCAGGAUAAAUCAGAGCCAGAUCAUGUUGAUGCAGAAAUUUGCUGUGAAGUGCCAGCUACAUGCAAUGGAUUGAAAGAUCUUAGCUCAAAGAAGCAACCAGGAGAUGUUUCUGGGUGGAGUUCACCUGGUGAAGAGGAGGUAUUUUCCAAGAUGGGAGCAUCCAGAAUGAGCAGGAAAUAUCAUCUUGGUUUAUCGAGCUCUGAUGCAGAAAUUGACUAUAGGAGAGGAAGAAGCUUGAGAGAAGGCAAAGGAGAUUUUGCUUGGCGUGUGUAGUCCACAAGAGCCGAAAAUAUGGCAAUUGUUUCUCAUGUGUCAAUUUGUCAAUUUUCUUUGUUUUUCCUCCACACGGUUCUCUGUUUUGUGUGAUAGGUGGAAUGAUCUAACUUAAUGAUCUAACCUCUAUAUCUGGUGUUUGACCUAAUCUCCUAACUGACGAUGAAUGUAUUGUCUCUAUAUUUUACUCUGCUCCUCUCCAAAUUAUGGGAUAAUGCAGUGGCUCUUAAAUUGGUUGGAA